AUGGCAGUUCUCUUCUACGUACAAGGCCUGCCCGUCGGGUACAUGGCCAUUGCCCUGGCCGUCAUAGCUUCUAUGGGCGGCUUCAUCUUCGGCUAUGACACUGGUCAAAUCUCCGACAUCCUCAUCAUGCCGAACUUCCUCCUCCGUUUCGGCACAUGUACCACACCAGGAGACUCGAGUACAUGCACGUUCAGCGACGUACGCGAGGGCCUCAUCGUCGGCCUCCUCAGUAUCGGCACGCUCUUUGGUGCUUUGAUCGGCGCACCGACGGCUGACUUCCUCGGUCGUCGGUACGCGAUGUGCGUAGAGUGUCUCGUGUUCUCCGUCGGUGUCAUCAUCCAAAUCUCCUCCGAGUCCGUCUGGCAGCAAUUCGCCGUCGGGCGUCUCGUCUCUGGUCUCGGUAUCGGCGCGCUCUCCGCGGCCGUCCCCAUGUACCAGGCAGAGACCGCCCCGAGCCAGAUCCGUGGUACGCUCACCGCGACAUAUCAGCUCUUCAUCACCUUCGGUAUCCUCGUCGCAUACUGCAUAUCCAUUGGUGCACGCGACAUCAGCGGCCCCGGCUCAUGGCGGACCGUCGUUGGCAUCUCCUUCGUCUGGCCUGCUAUUCUCGGCUUCGGUAUCCUCUUCAUGCCCGAGUCGCCCCGUUGGCUCACUGCGCAUGGCCGCUACGACGAAGCGCGCCUGUCGCUCGCAGCGGGCCGUGGUGUCCCCCGCCACGAGGUCGAGGACCACUUCAUCAUCAACCGCGAGAUCGAGGAGAUGCGCGAGGCGGUGGAGUACGAAAAGUCGGUGAAGGCGGGGUGGGUGGACUGCUUCACGUUCGAACGCAAGCAGCUGUACAGGACAUUGCUCGUCGCGACGCUGCAGAUGUUCCAGCAGCUGACGGGCGCGAACUACUUCUUCUACUAUGGCGCGUCGAUAUUCAUGUCCGUCGGCAUCAGUGAUUCCUACGUCACGCAGAUCAUCCUUGGUGCGGUCAACUUCGGGUGCACAUUCGGCGGUCUCUACGUUAUGGAGACCUUCGGGCGCCGGCUGCCGCUCAUCGUCGGCGGUGUCUGGCAGGCUGUCUGGCUCUUCAUCUUCGCCGCGGCGGGGACCGCCAAGGACCCGUCGACGAGCAAGCCCAUCGGCACGCUGAUGAUCGUGUCCGCGUGCCUGUUCAUCCUCGGAUACGCGAUGACGUGGGCGCCGGGCGUGUGGAUCCUCGUCGGCGAGACGUUCCCGACGCGCACGCGCGCGAAGCAGGCCGCGCUCGCGACGGCGAGCAACUGGCUGUGGAACUUCCUGCUCGCGUUCUUCACGCCGUUCAUCGUGAAGGCGAUCGCGUUCCGGUACGGGUUCGUGUUCGCGGCGUGCAACCUCACCGGCGCGGUCAUCGUGUACUUCUUCCUGUACGAGUCGUCCGACCUCUCGCUCGAGAGCGUCGACAUGAUGUACAGCGACCCGUACUGCAAGCCGUGGACCUCGGGCACGUGGGCGCCGCCGGGCUUCAGCUCGCGCGCGGACCUCAUCGAGCAGACGCGGGCGGCGGAGUCACACAAGCCCCUCGCGACGGGCGUCGAGGAGGCGCGCAUCGAGAAGACGGACCAGCCGGCGCAGAAGGUGUAG